CCAUUGCAUCGCAGCCUCAAAUUAAAACCCCUCCAUUUCCGUAUUUUCUUCCAAAUUAAAAUCCACCAAAAUUACUCGUGGCUGAGAUUUCUCCUGUGGUUGAGCAGUUCUCCCCGUUUUAGCCCUCUCCUCCCCAGACUCCAUUCUCUCUCUUCCUCUACUCCUCCAUCUACCUCUCUCACUCUCUCUCUCUGUUCUUUACUCUCUCUCUCUCUCUCUCUCUGGAACUCCCAACCCUUAUAUUUCCUGCCCCUUUGUGUACUUUUGCGUUCUGGUACCAGAAAGCUCGGUGUUUUACGGCGAGCCUUCCGAUGAAGUUGGACGAGGCGUGAUCGAGUACUGGAUCGGUUUCUCUCGGAAGGUAUUGCAGUAGUCCGGCUUCCUUUUGAGUUGGGAGCUCUAUACUUGCUGUUACUCCCUUUUAGUAAAAAGAUAUCAGGUUUUUGUGGUCGAACGCCACAGCUAAGCGAUUUCUAGCAUACUUGGAUGUGGCUAGUGCUGAAAGAAGGCUGUUGUUUUAUCCCUUACUCAUCAGGGAGGAUCUGAAGCAGCGCUAGCUGCCUUUGUCCAUUUGCAUGGACACCAACUCCUCUGGGGAAGACUUGUUUAUUAAGGCACGGAAACCAUAUACGAUUACUAAGCAACGCGAACGAUGGACGGAGGAGGAGCAUAAUAGGUUUCUGGAGGCCUUAAAACUCUAUGGUCGAGCUUGGCAGCGCAUCGAAGAACAUAUAGGAACCAAGACUGCUGUGCAGAUCAGAAGUCAUGCACAGAAAUUCUUUACAAAGUUGGAGAAGGAAGCUCUUGGAAAAGGAGUUCCAAUACGACAAGCUCUUGACAUAGAGAUUCCUCCUCCACGCCCCAAAAGGAAACCAAGCAAUCCUUAUCCUCGAAAGACUGGUGUGGGAACAGCCACUCCCCAGGUGGGAGCUACUGAUGGCACUAAUUCAUCGGUUUCUUCUUUCUUCACUGGUAAACAACUACUGGACUUGGAGAGAGAACCCCUUCCUGAGAAACCUGGUGGAGAUGAAAAGCCAGGAAAUAUAACAGAGGACGAGGAUAAGGGCAAUUGCUCUGAAGUUUUGACCCUUUUCCAAGAAGCUCCAUGUGCUUCAUUCUCUUCGGCAAACGAAGAUUCCAUGCAAAAACAUGUGGGACCCCAAAAUUCUUGCUCUUUCAGGGAGUUUGUGCCAAUGGUUGUAUGUGACCAUGAUGAAACAAAUGAAUCUUAUGUCACUGCUGAGCCCAAAGGAAAUCAUAAGUUAGUUAAACAAAUUGCGACGCAGACGUUUCAGAGUAAUGGAACAAAUGACACCUCAACCAUUGAGAACUCUAACUCACCGCAUGAGAAAUCGGUCCAAAGCAAUAAAGCACAAGAAAUGAACCACCCUGUAAAUUUUGGUGCACAUAAUUACCCUAGACAUGUUCCUGUGCAUGUUGUAAAUGGGAGCCUUGGAACUAUCAAUCAAAAUGUCUCUCCUGAUAUGCCAUACCGAGAAUCCAUAUUUCACCAAAUGGGAGGAAUUCAAGGAAACCCUAACCCAUUAACAAAUCCUGCUGCAUCUGCAACUUCAACUGCAACCACUGACCAUAUCAAAACUCAUCAAUCACUUCCUCCUUUUCAUCCUCUUUCCACCCCCAUCCACAACAAUCAAGGUGACUACCAAACAUACCUCCAAGUUUCAUCCGCCUUUUCAAGUCUGCUUGUAUCUACUUUGUUGCAAAACCCAGCUGCCCAUGCGGCAGCAAGCUUUGCUGCUGCAUUCUGGCCGCCUCCUGCUAGUAUUGAAGCCUCUACAAAUUCUCCAGUUGGUAUUUUAGGAGGUUUUCCAUCAAGGCAAGCGGACCCACCUCCUAGUAUGGCAGCUAUUGUUGCCGCUACAGUAGCGGCUGCAACUGCCUGGUGGGCAUCCCAUGGACUGCUACCUUUGUGCGCUCCUUUUCACAAUGGAUUUAACUGCACUCCUGCUUCAGUUACAGCAACUCAAGUAGAUGCAGGUCCCACUGCAACAUGCACCAACGGUACAAGAGAGAAUACUCCUCGUGAUCUUCCCUUGCAAAAUCAACAGCUGGACACGGAAUUUUCUGAAGCUGUGCAAGAACAAAAUUCAGCUUCUAAAUCACCGACUUUGUCGUCAUCUGACUCUGGGGAAAGCGAAGGAGCAAAACCAAAAACGGGGUUAACUGCUGCUAAUCAGGACAACGCUGCAGUGGUAGAUGAGCUCCCCGAUUCGAACAAGACAAAGGGCAGAAAACCGGUGGAUCGUUCUUCUUGUGGUUCCAAUUCUGGCAGUGAUUUUGAGACUGAUGCUUUAGAGAAGCAUGAGAAUGAUAAGGAAGAAUUAAAAGAAGCUGAUGUAAGCCUUCCAGCUUGUGACUUUGGUAAUCGCCGUUGUAGACCCUCCAGCAGCACUAAUGAUUCAUGGAAGGAGGUCUCUGAAGAGGGGCGGUUGGCCUUCCGAGCACUCUUUUCUAGACAAAUAUUGCCGCAAAGCUUUUCACCUCCACAAGAUACCGAGAAUAAUUGGUAUCAAAUGAAUGAAAAGGACAUGCAGAACACAGAUGAGAAAGCUGAAGAUGCAUCAUCACCGUUGUGGGGGUCUUGUUCCAUUCAUCACCCUGCAGUGAACAGCUCCAGUGCAUUAUUGAGAGGCCAAAAAGAUGGCGAAGAGGGAUGGCUGAGAAUGGAGCUCGGGCUUGGGAAGCUCAAGCAUUGCCGAACAGGGUUUAAGCCGUAUAAAAGGUGUUCAGUGGAAGCCACGGAGAGCAAGGUGGCAAGUGUCAGCAGCCAAGGUGAAGAGAAAGGCCCCAAGCGAUUACGCUUGGAAGGAGUGGCUUCAAUUUGAUAUGUGUUGAGUGACGCAUGCUAUUCCCAAGGGAAACCUUUGGGAAGUAAUGGAUGCUAGCAUUGUAGAAAUUCAGAAGCGAAAGAGAUGAAACUCUCAAAUACAGAGGAUGAUUGAUAAAGCAGUUACCUUAUAAUUAAUGCCGACUUAUAUUUGGUUAAGUGUGGCAUGAGGUCUUUACCGGUUAGUUACUUGGGCAAAAAGAUUUGGUAGAGCUCUGGAGACAUAUUUAGCUCUUUAUCAGCUUAUAUACAUAAAAGCUGGGAUUUUGAAGGCACACUUUCCAAAGCUAAUUUUGGUGGAGCAUGGAAGAAGAAUGGGCUGCUGGGAUUGGUGUUAUUGUCAGAGAAUGUAUGGGGGAGUUACUGCCUCAUUUACACAAUGUAUAUAGUGUCAAAAAUGCUACCUAUGCGUUCCAAAGUGCUUGAAUCGGAUACAAACGUGUUUGGAGUCGGUGGAUGUGUAUGAACCCCGUACUACCGUGUGGAACUCACUUGCAUUGUUCGAUUCCAGACAUGCCUAUGUAGGGAUAUGCGCAUCUUCGACUGUGUCGUAGCAUCACAUACCAUUGCCUGUUGAAUGUGAUCGUCUGAAUUCAGUUCACUA